GAGAGAGAGAGUUUUAGAGAGAGAAAAUGGUAGGUCCUGCACGACAACAGUUCGUCCUGUUUGGAUCAUCCAUAGUGCAGUUCAGCUAUAGCGCAGAAGGUUGGGGUGCUAUCCUUGCUGACAUCUACGCUCGUAAGGCAGACAUAUUAUUGCGAGGAUAUGCUGGUUGGAACUCAAGGCGCGCUCUCCAAGUUUUGGAUCAAAUUUUCCCUAAGGAUGCAGCUGUGCAGCCUUCUCUGGUGAUAGUUUAUUUUGGUGGUAAUGAUGCAGUGCCUCCUCACCCAAGUGGCCUGGGCCCUCAUGUACCUCUUCAUGAAUAUACUGAAAAUAUGAGGAAGAUUGCUACUCAUCUCAAGAGUCUUUCAGAGAAGACACGUGUAAUAUUUCUAAGUACUCCUCCUAUGAAUGAGGCACAAAAUUGCCAACUUUUCAGUGAUAAUCUAAGUCGCACAAAUGAGUCCAGCCGAAAAUAUUCAGAGGCUUGUAUAGAGAUGUGCCAGGAGUUAGACGUGAAGGUUAUUGAUCUUUGGACUGCACUUCAGAAACGUGAUGAUUGGUUGACUGCUUGCUUUUCGGAUGGCAUCCAUUUGUCAUCUGAGGGGAGCAAGAUGGUGGUAAAGGAGAUACUGAAGGUCCUCAAAGAGGCUGACUGGGAGCCCAGUCUGCACUGGAAGUCGAUGCCAAUCGAAUUUGCAGAGGCUUCACCAUAUGAUUUUGUUGGUCUUGAUGGUAAGACCACUGUAAAUGUCUCUGACCUUAACCUUCACUGGCAGAUUCAGUGGGACUAGGCGAAUCAAGUCUAUUAUUUCGUACCUUAUUUAAGAAAUAAAGCCCGCUAGUGCAGAUUUCCAUCAAGGACUCAAACCCAAUAAUGUUCUUUUUCUGGCAAUAUAAUGGAACUUGCUGUAGCUCAAAAAAUAUAUUGAAAUCCCCUAUUGAAGCUUGAUGCCUCGGGCA